CAUCAACCUCGAUUCUUUCCGCAAAUUUUGUUCCACUUCAACUUUGACUGACCUUGUCUGCGAACUGUCAGUGAGCUACCUCUGCUUGAAUCCUUUUCCCGUCCCUUCUGUCUGCAGUCCCAAGCAACUCCGUGGCAAGUGCUGUAUCUACUGAUGCGCGGCCCUCGUCCGAUAUCGACAACGAGCAAUGGAACCAGCGGUCAGAUGCAUGAGAGCAUAUAUCCUACGCGAAUUGAAAGGUGUCAUGCAAGAAUAGUUUCCUGAGUACAAGCAGGUCCAGCCGGAUUUUGGGCUUUCUGCCAGGUUGCAGAUAUCUCAAAAUUGCAGUUUCUCAUCCAGAAGGUUCGCCUGGCAGGGGUUCAUGAGAUGAAGGAACUUGUGCACGGGUCACUUGAGUUUGCUAUUGUGCAUCCAGCAUCAGCAAUCACUCAAUGGCAACAAUGUCUCAGUCCAUUGCAUGGUAUUUCACAAUCUGCUACAUCCAGGCUUCACAGUGAAGCAGCAGUUGAAAAAUGCAAAGAGAGUGACAGUGAAAUGUGUGUGCUUGUGCAGACAAUGUUGAUGCUGCUCAUAUUUAUCCAUCUUACCUGACCAAGGCAGCUGGACAAGAACCAUUUGCUAUUUCAGAUUUUUGGAAGCUCCUUUGAUGCUUUUGGGAGGAUGACUGCAUUAAGAGGUGGGAAAGGGCCCUCUUCAGCGAUCCACCAAACCACAGUGAUACAAAAGAUUUGAUA